AUGGCGACCAACGGUGUCAACGGUCAAAGCCCCGAGCGCAAGCUCGUUCCUGGCAUAAAUGUGCCCAUGGUCGCCUUCUUCGACGACAAUGAGGACGUUGACGUCGCCGCCACCGCGAAGCACGCUGUUCGUAUGGCCAGGGCCGGCUUGGCCGCCAUCACCUGCCAGGGGUCCAACGGCGAAGCGGUGCACUUGACCGCCGAAGAGCGCAAGCAGAUUAUUUCCGCCGCCCGCAAAGCCCUCGAUGAUGCUGGAUUCACAUCCGUUCCUGUCGUCGCCGGCUGCGCCGCACAAUCGACCCGCGAGACCAUCUCGCUCUGCAAGGACGCUAAAGAAGCGGGCGCCGACUACUCUAUGACACUCCCACCCUGCUACUACAAGGCCUCUUACUCGCGGUCAGAUAUUCUCCAAUUCUACAAAGACCUUGCUUCCGCCUCUCCCAUCCCUAUCAUCAUCUACAACUACCCUGGCGCCGUCGCCGGUGUAGACCUCGACUCGGACGCCAUCAUCGAGCUGGCCCAACACCCCAACAUCGUCGGCACCAAGCUGACCUGUGGCAACACCGGCAAGCUAAACCGCAUCGCAAACAGCGUCAAUGCCGCCACGCCCAAAGCAGCUGGCUCAGGAUGGAUGUGCAUGGGCGGCUCUGCCGACUUCACGCUGCAGACCCUCAUCGCAGGAGGUUCGGGCAUCAUCAGCGGCCUCGCCAAUGUCGCACCCAGGGCGUGCGUCAAGGUGUUCGACCUGUAUGCGGAGGGCAAGGUCGAGGAGGCCCAGAAGCUCCAGGCCAUUGUUGCGCGUGGUGACUGGGCUGUCAUUGCGGGCGGCGUGCCGGGCACCAAGAGCGCCAUGAUGGGCCACUACGGCUACGGCGGUUACUCCAGGCGGCCUCUGCCGCGACCCACGAAGGAGGAGGACAACCGGUGGAAGACCAUGACGACGGAGCUGGUGGACCUGGAGAAUUCGUUGCCGGACAAGUACUAG